AGUGAAACAUCGUGGCAGAAAAUUACAAAAUGGCCUCUUCACUUGUUGAUGUAGCUUCCUUUCCUCCAGAAAUUAUCAGCAAAAUUGCCCAGUUUUUGCCACUGCAGGAUGUAUUAAAAUGCAUGUUGGUCUGCAAAUCUUGGAAAGUGAGUAAUAGCAAUAAUUAUGGAUUAUGUGAGUUUAGAAGCUACUUUAAUACUUGAUAUACUUAUGUAGGUGGUUAUCAGGACCUGCAAAUAUUUAUGAAAUAUCCUUACUACAGACCUAUGGACAGUAGUACUGUACUGUGCAACCCCAGUGCUUGAAAUUUCCAGUUUAUCCUCAAGACAAGCAGCUCUCACUGAUUUUUCUUGCCUAGAAACAAUUCCUUGGAUUGAUUUAAGUCACUAUUGCAGAUGGUCUCGUUCUCAGAGCUCCCAGAAAUUGGAUGUUUUAAAUUCUAUAACUUUUUAUAAUUAUGUGUUUCUCUAGAAUUUUUUUUAUCCAAGACUACAUCUGGCCUAAAAAUAUCUGUUAGCGACAGAGAUAUUUUUCACUGUGGAUUAACGACAGUGGAAAUCUAAUGUGAGAAUCAUCUACCAUUGAAUUCUGCUGCUUCAAAGCAUGUCCUGAUAAGCCACAAAGUUACUCACUUUAUUGAUGCCAUGAGAAACAGGCUGAAAAAAGAAAUGAACACGCUGUGUGUUUGUUGAUUUAUCUAAAGCGGUUGAUGCUAUAAGUCAUGCUGAACUCCUGAGAAAAAUUCCAUUCUAUGAAAUCCAUGGAAAACUGAAUUGGAGAGGUUCACUUCAUACCCUUUUUGUAGAUCACAGGUUGUUCAGUAUUUGUGUUAUCAGAAGCUCAACCAGUUUUUAUAGGUGUCCCUUGGCAGGGGAGUAUUUUAGGGCUUGUUUUAUUCAUAAUUCAUUUUAAUGUACACAUAGUGUCGCAGUUUUCCAAGGUAAGCAAUUUCUGCCAUAUAUGCCAAUGCAUUAUUACAUACAUACAUUAUUAUAUGCAUUAUUAUCUCAUAAGAUGCAUGGAAUGGGAUGCAAUCAGUGUUUGUGUGUACCUUAUUGCUUAGUUUCAAACCAAGAUGGGCUGGUUACGAGUUGGUUUAUUAUGGUGAUGAUCAGGCCAAUAUUGAACAGGAUACAGCUAUAUUUAAAAACUUGAAAAUUUGUAAGAGAUGUAUGCGAAUGCUGUUGAUUUCAAUGUGCUCUUUCUGACUACAUGGGUUUUAUCUUGUUUUAAAUCAUAAUAAACGGAAUUGUACCCAGCCCCUCUCGGUUUGAAACUAGGCAAUAGACAUAGAUCUACAAACUUUCAGUCUUACAAAUUCACUGAUUAUCCAGACCCUUCUUGUUAACUUAAAAAUGUCAACAACAACAACAACAACAAGUUUAUUCAGUAUUACCAAUUCUAUAUAUAUGGUGUUACUGAUUGAAAUAAAACAAUAAGCAAAGAGAGUUAAGGAAAUACAGACUAGCAAAAACCAAAGGUCACAGAGUGCGAGCGACAACGAUCGGUAACCUACGAUGAGGCAUUUUUUUAUGCUUUUGCUCCAUCGCUGUGCUUUGUGUAAGUUUCACGUGACAGACAGUCAAAACAACAGUGAUCAGAUUAUGAGCAGAUAGGAGGUCCAAAGGUGCGUGAUCAAAUUGCAUACUGUGCAUUCCAUUCAUUCUUAGUGGAAGUACAAAUGAAUUGCUGGCUACAUACAUGCAACACAUGCGUAAUAACAACUUGGAGAUUAGGAUUGAUGUUCUUUCAUCUUUCAAAGGCGUGAGAAAUGAUUUAGUAUAAACUACGUCUGAGUGUGUAUUUAUUUACUUUUAUACAGGAGGUAAUUUCAUCAGAGUCAUUUUAUAAGACCUAUACUCUCGGCCAUUAUAAUUUUGAUGACGAGGAGCAGCCAAGUGGCCAUUUAGCUGUUUGGCAAAAUCCUGAGGAAUGGUUCUGUUACUGGAAUGAUGACAAUAAUGAUGACGAUGAUUCAGAUUUGUAUGUCUUCGCUGAUCCCCCAAAACGGUGGAAAUGUGGUAUAGUUCAUUUAGCGGAGUACAAACUUGAGUCAGAUAAGGAUCUGAGAUAUAAAGAUUUCUACCGAGCUGUAGCCAUAUUAAUGAAGAUUCAGAAAGCUGCUGACGAGUUACAAUUAGACUGCGGUAAGCCCUUCAUUUGAGCUCUGUGAUACAGAAAUUUUAUGUACAUGAGAGACGGUAUAUAUAAAUGUGAUAUGUGAUAGUCAAAUUGUUACAGUGAAGUUUAUACUCUUACUUAUUAAUAAAUUGAUAAAUAUUUUUUAUUAUUUUAAUAAGUAGAAUAGGAUUUGAAGUUAUUUGAUGUUAUUCAGUGGAAUUAACAAUGUCGUUAUUUUGCAAUCAGUGCACAAAGUGACAUAAUUUAUUCCUCUGAUUAUUCCCUAGCAGUUAAAGAUACUGAUCUCAAUUUCAUGAAUCUUUUAUUUAUUAAAGAACUUUGCUACUUCUAUUUUCUCAUCACCCAAGUGGUGAGUGAGGUACUAGUAAUUGACUUAUUAAUCCAAGCAAAAACGGCACGUUAUCAAGAGUACAGGCCAUUCUCAGCCUUAGAAGGCAUGGUUUAUUGAUCCUGGCUGAACACUGCCUGUAAAAUUCACAGGGGAAUUACACUGUAGCCAAUUAGUUGACUAAUUCAGUGGAAGUACAGUCUGAUAGAGUACUUUCCCUGACUUUUUUAGAGUACAGUACGCUGUAGCUACUGAAGAUUUACCUUAGUGGUGGGGGACAAAAGGGAGUUGGGACCCUGGGAGAAGAGUGGGUGGCAGGAAUACAGGAGAAGGGAGAGGAAAGGGCAGGAGGUGGGAGAUCUAAAAGGGUGAGAAGCAGGAGAAAAAGUGAGAAAUUAUGCAAAUAUCAGUGCUUUAUAUUUCACAAUAAAAUAAGAGACAAAAGGAGGAAGCUACCAAGAGAAGAUGGGAGGGAACUGAGAAUACAAUUAUGUGACUGACUGCAAUGGAUGCUGUAUCAUGUUUUCUUUUUAGGAAUGUGGGGAAAUGAAAGUGAUGGAGUGAUAGAAGUCUGUUUGUUUCCCUGGAGCAAAGAUACCCUUCCCACUCCUAAAGAUAUUAUUACAAUGUUUCACUUUCACCCCGAGCUGAGCAAUAACCCCAUGGAAAGCACAACUCUUUCGGAUGAUGAGGACAAUUAUGAUGAGGAGGAUGACAUUGGCUGGAAUGGCCUGCGAUCUUUUAGUGAAGAUGACAAACAGAAAGCAGUGAAUUUCUUUAAAUGGCUUAAAAAAAUAUUCACACCUUUCAUUUAUAUUGGUAUUGGCUGUGAUUUAAUGAAUCCAGUUGCUUGUUUCUUGUUGGGACAUAUUGCCCCAGGGUGGGUGGGAGGUGUGCUGACGUCUGUGGUUUGCACUUAA